UUUGGCAGAAUGCUUAAUAUAGUGAUGGUACACUUAAAUAUCUUCUUGCUUCCUACACCAUCUUCUUUUGUCUUCUUCCCUUAAUUAAUGGUCAUGGCAAAAUGUCAAACCGCCUCUUUCAAUUUCAGAUCCUCUUGCUUCUUUCUUGUUUUUCUAUCAGUCUUUUCAUCCAUUCCUCUUCUGUACUGGUCUUAUUCCAUUGGUUAUGGCUAUUGCCAUCAUCAAGUAGAAAACAAAGAAAUAUUAUUAGUGGAACCAAUUAAUCUCCUUAAAUUUCCAAAAGCUUGGAACCAACUUGUCUUUUCAUCAAAACAAUUACCACCUCAAAGACUCCUUAAAAUUGCUCUCUUUGUCAAGAAAUGGCCAGAAAAACAUCAAGCUGGAGGGAUGGAACGACACGCGCUUACACUGUAUCUAGACUUAGCUAAACGCGGACAUGACAUUCACAUCUUCACAACUUCUUCUUCAUCCGCUAAUAUUCCAAGUAUAAUGAGUAAUAUCCAGUUUCACAUCUCAAGACCUUUAGGUUCUGGAUAUCUAAACCAAGUUGUUGCUUGGAAGCAAUUCUUAGAAGAAAACGCAACAAAAGCCUUUGAUGUGAUUCAUACAGAGAGUGUAGGGCUCAAACUUACUACAUCAAAUAAUUACCUGAAUAAUCUUGCAGUUAGUUGGCAUGGAAUUGCUUAUGAGACUAUACAUUCUGAUAUCAUGCAAGAACUGGUGCGGAAUCCUCAAGAUCCAUCACAACUAAUGACUGAUGGAAAAAUGAUGAAGGUUGUUGAAGAGGUAAAGUUUUUUCAAUAUUAUGCUCACCAUGUUGCCACGAGUGAUCACGUAGGAGAUGUACUUAAAAGGAUCUAUAUGAUCCCGGAAGAACGUGUUCAUAUCAUCCUAAAUGGCGUAGAUGAGGAGAUAUUUAAACCUGACGCUUCAAAGGGCAAUGAUUUUCUGUUAAAACUAGGUAUCGAUCAAGAUAAAUCGAGGUCAUCCAUAAUCCUAGGGUUAUCCGGGAGGUUGGUUAAAGAUAAAGGACAUCCUUUAAUGUUUGAAGCAUUACAACAAAUUUUCAACGAGAAUUCAACAUUUAAGGAUAAUGUCAUUGUCCUAAUAGCUGGAAAUGGUCCAUGGGGUGAUCGAUACAAAGAGCUUGGAUCAAAUUUGAUGGUUUUGGGACCUUUGGAACGGGAUCAAUUGGCUAAUUUCUAUAAUGCAAUAGAUAUAUUUGUACACCCAACUUUAAGAGCUCAAGGUUUGGAUCAGACUCCAUUGGAAGCAUUCCUAACUGGCAAGCCUGUCAUGGCGACAAAAGUUGCUAGUUACACUGGUUCUGUCAUUGUCAACGAAGAAAUGGGGUAUACAUUUUCACCUACAGUUAAAGAACUGAAGAAAGUUUUAUAUAAGGUUUGGGAGGAAGGAAAGAAAAAUAUGCAGAAAAAAGGCGGAUUUGCUAGGGAGAGGGGUUUAAAGUUGUUUUCUGCAACCAAAAUGGCUGCUGCAUAUGAAAGGCUAUUUCUUUGUAUCUCAUCUACUCAUGAUGAUGGAAAACAAGAAAAGAAGCACGAACACUAUUGUAUCUACAAACUUCACCAGGAGAUCGAUUGAUUUACAUAGGAUGUAUUGAUUAGGAAAUAAAACCUGAGCAAAACUCAAGAGAUGAGUUAGGUCCAAGGUUCAUUUUCGUUCUAGUAUUAUAGCUUGAUCUUCUUAAUUUAUUUGUUUAUUCGAUAUUGGAUUUUGAUUUUACGUUCUCCA